GGGGAAGUCCGUGCCCCUAACAAAAAGUUUAUUUGAAUAAAAACCAAGCUGCACACUGGUCGGUGUUCAUGUGAUUGAACUGAUGACGUAUACCCCACUCUUUCUUUUGUAUUCUAAAUAUCAAAACAAAACAUGUGAAAUAUCAAAAGGGUCCUUAUUUUUAAAUAUGUAAAUAUUGAAAUGUUUUAUAAUUCGUACCAUAAAAAUGAAAAGCUGCGUGGGUGACAUCAUCAACUCUCUCAUUUGCAUGUCAAGGAUAUGUGCAUAUGCAUCUUUAUCUUGUCUAUUGUGAAAAAUAAACGCAAUUUCAAAAUGUCAUAACUUUCUUAUUUAAAGUCCGAUUUUGAUGAAAUUUCCAGCAUCAUGCGUACAUGUUUUUUUUUUCUUCUUAUUCAAAACAAAUACUUGUUGAAUUGGUCUUGCCCUUUAAUAUAAUUUUAGGGGUUCAAGGGGGGGGGUACAUCCUCUUCCGAUAGGCAUCAAUCAGCAUUGGUGUACGUACGGGUAAUUCUUGUUAUCAUGACCGUUCAUAAUCAAUACACGCCGGGUCUGGAGCGGAUGAGUAAACGGUGUCACAUUACUUUUCGUUUGCGUUACUCAUCUCAUGAAAGGAGCUAGAGAGCAUUCGAAUGUCACGGACGGUUUAGUGAAUUCAGUGAUUUCAAAUGAUUUUUUUUUCUUGAAAAUCUAAUUUCAAAAUAUUACAUGACUCAAGUGGCCCGAGUAAAGAUACUCUCUUGCAAUAUACUGUACAUGUUGCUUUUCAGUCUUUAAAAUGUCCAGUGUAGGGGAUCGAUCAUACUAGAAGUAAACAAAAAAAAAAAUCCGGAGACAUGACCCCCCCCCCCCACAUGAUCGCAGUCGUUUAUAUACAGACCGUAUUCUUAUGCUAAUAAUUUCGCAUUUACCCCCUCCCGAUGAAUUCACAAAAUAAUAUAAUUUCACAAUGUAGUACGAUCAUAUAUAAGUUGUUAUUCACUUAGCAUUUCUUAUAUAAUUCCUUCGCUUGCUGGGUACUCUCGUAUAUAUAGAUUUAGGUUGGUUCUGGAAAGCAAAAAUUAUGCAAUACAAUAUAUUAGCAAGUCAGGAAAAAUUGUAAUAUUUGACAGCGAUCUGACUCAAUAUUUCGUUCCUAAACUGCCGUUUAAGAGGAUUCAGAACGCAAAACAUUAAUUCUCGGUUUGUCAGUAAAUUGCCAAAAUAUUAUUACAUUUGGCAGUAAUCUGAUCGACAUAUUGAUUUCUUUCCAAUCAGGGAGGGUUUAUUAUUUAUCGCUCAUUUUUGACAUUUGAAAAAAAAUGUUAGCCAUGUUUAUAAUGUUCAUACCCAAUGUCUCCAAACAAAUUGUAAUGUGUAAUUUACAAAUUAAUUUGUAAAUAUAAUAUUUUCAGCCUGCGAGCUGCUUGUUAGAUGUUAUUUUAAAAAAUAUAUAUAUUCUAAAUGUCAUCACUGUGGGAAAAUCAAGUUGUUCAACACCCCCCCCCCCCCCCUUCAAAGCAAUCUAGCGAACACCCCUGGUAUAGUGAGGUCAAUGGAAGUGUCAAUUAUACGCUAUUUUGACGUCACUCUCUCUACCUAGAUAUAUGUACAUGUACUAUUAGUCAGGGGAGGUCAAGGAUUGGCUGCGGGGCAGCUAGGGUUUGAAAAAUUCCUGCUAGGCCCCGCGCCCUCCCCACCAAAAAAAAAAUUAGCGAAUCAAAAGAGGUAAAUGGGUCUAGACUAGCUGCUAGAGGAGGUUGAGUUAUAAGGCAACCUCACCCCCCCCCCCCCCCCAUCGGCCUCUGCCCGUUAGCUCCCCUUACUUCCUUUGCUGAAAUAAUGAGCAAGAGCAACGCGACGAUUCCUCCACCCUCCGUUUGGUGAGGGGAGAGGGGGGCUUCGAUUAAUGACACUGCGUGCUAUCCAUACCUGUGAAGUGAGUGAACCAUCCGUAAUCGAGCAGUGCCUACUCAGAUUGCGUUUGGCGGUGGAAGGAGCUCAUUUGAUUCUCUCCAGAGUCCAGACCAUGAACGCUACACACAUGGGGAUAUUUUGUCGCACCGAAGUUAAAGUCACUUUCCAUGUCACUAUAUAUUAUAUGCAGAGCUGAUAUUUUGGAUCGAGAGAGUCACGAGGUCUCACUUGGCAUGCUUGGAGGAUGCUGCCGGCGCCAUAGAUAUUUCAGCGUUCAUUUUAUUAUCAUCAGGCACGUAAGAGUGUGAUGCUCACGAUGUUGUGCUGUUGACAUCUCAUUGGUAUGCAAUAAUGCCACCCUGGAUAAAAAACUGAUCAUUAUCAUAAUGAAAAGUGUCUGCGAAACGAACUGAAAGUGUCUUCAGUUAUAAUGAAUUCCGGAAUAUCUAUCAUCAAACUUGCACAUGAAUAAUAUACGCAAGUAUCGGAUCACCUUUUUUUAUGUACAAUUAUUAUUUUCAUCGUUAUUGUCCAAUUCAAUCCGUCCUUCACCAAAUAUGGAAUCCUAGUCGUUGUUCACAACACCGAGUUUAAAAAGGAAUUAGAAUCUGUUUGUUAAUGGUAUUGGAUUUGAUUUCAAUUAUGGGACGCUGUCGUAUCCGCCUAAAGGUUUUGACAUAUACAUUUAUGUGCUUUGUAGGAAUGUCAUUAAUGGUCAUUCUUCAGGGGUUAAACAAACUGGUUGACCAAGAAUCUGAUGAGAAUCCGUACCCGACUCGAAAACGCCUUUCUCCAGCUCUAGCUCCUGGAGACGCUAAUCCUGCAUCCAUAUUGAAAGUGGUACUACGAGAUGAUAAUAUCAUGCAAAUUGAAUUUUUGGUUAACUAUAGUUCUAUGAUGUCUGCAAAGAAAGUGGUUCGGGAGGACUAUGGUUCCACACAUCGAAAGACUCCGGUGAGUAAUGAGGAGAAGGUGGUAUUAGACAAGCAAAAUGAUAACAGCUACCUACAUGAUGUAAGUCGAACGAAUCUGUCUGAAGUGGUCCUGAAAAGGGAUUCUGUCAGGAUCCAAGACAUUGGCACUCUGAGUCGUAAGCCUCCGAGUGAGAAAGAUAUUGACGAGGAACGUCAUAAUGGUGACCGUGCCGUAAGACGACGGGAUCUGCCGAAUUCCCAGGAGGGCGAGGACCUGGACAAAGCUUCGUAUGGGAAUCAUAAGAACUACUCCACAAAUCAGAGGCUUCUGAUCGAGGAUGAAAAAGUCCUCGACAAGGGUUUCAAAAUACCUGAUAGCGAUAUCAUAGGUCGGCAGCAAGUGACUGACGAGGAGAAUGCGAUUCAUGACAAUGAUUAUGAGGCCUACGCUCAGGAAACUAAUUACUUCAUCUCUCAAAAGCCUCUGACGAUGACUAAGAUCACAGCCAAAGGUUCAGCAGCUUAUAGGCCACAGUUUGUUAUCCUGCUAGCGCAGAUGCGAACUGGUUCAUCUGCAGUAGGACAGAUAUUGAAUCAAAAUAAAGACAUAUUCUACCUUUACGAACCGCUUCAUGUUACUCAUGACUGGGUUACAAAGCACAGAACUAAAGCUGAAGUUAAUAGUAGAAUGGCCGAAGUAUUAAGUAAUAUUAGCCACUGCGAAUUUUCCAAGGGUUUCGUGAGGAGUCACGGAUCCUGGGGUGGACGAACCAAAAGCCGAGCCCUAAUGCCUCUCUGUAAAGAUAUAAAAACAUGUAAGGAACUCCAACCAACGCUGUAUAAACAAAUUUGCUUAGCUUACAACGGGAAUGUUGCAGUCAAGCUUAUUCGCAGCAAUCUAUUGAACCUAAAACCAUUACUUGAUGACGAUCUGGUGGACGUCCGAAUCAUCCAACUUGUCCGAGACCCACGCGGCACGGCCAAUUCCCGACUGGAGUACUUCUCGGCCAAGAAAGACGAAAUUCCUCCAGGUUUGAAAAGGAACAGUUUAAAUCCAGUAAAGUUUGAUGAAGGCAUUUUUCUUCCGCCAAAAGACAUGUUGAAAUUAACAACACAGACAUUCUGCUCCUGGUUACGACAAUCACUCAAAAUAGCCCUUUCCCAACCUGCAUGGCUUCAGGGGCGCUACAUGUUGAUAAGGUAUGAGGACUUUGCGGAGAGGCCACGGAUGACUGCUCAAGAGAUCUACAACUUCCUAGGUCGUCCGACACCCCCUGAAGUCCUCGAAUGGAUAAAAGAGAACACGCAAGGCAAGACUAAAGGGGAAAAUCCCAAUCAUCCCCUAUUCAGUCUGUCGAAGAAUUCUUCGAGCACCGCAUCGAGAUGGAGGUUGAAUUUAUCGAGAGAACAGGUUAUGAUAGUUCAGAAUGAAUGUGAGGAUUCGAUGCGUCUUCUUGGUUACCAGAUAGUAGGCAAACAUUCACCACUCAAGGACCUCUCCGUGUCCCUAAUCAAGGAACUUGGCCUCCAGUUUGCGUGAUGUGAACAUGUUCACGGAUUAACAUGCACAGAGUCAUGAUUUAAAAGGUCGUUGUUGAAAAAAACCCACAAAAUCAUGCACCAGUUUCUCGUGGAAACAAGUCAGCUCUAUCAGUAUUCUUGCAUGGUUAAAAUAAAAAUUAUGGAUGAUCAAAAUUGAUGCAUAGGACUAUAUUAAUGUCUAGUCAAGACUUUGGCAGUGAAAAUGCUACAAUGCACAAAUUCUACGGUAUAAUGACUAUAUGUCAUAUGCCAAAAUAACCAGUUGUAACAUGUUGUUUCUCUUUGUGUGAAGAAUCCACCAAAAUUACUCUGUAAAAAAUGAAGUUUAGCACUUACAGUGCUUGAAUAGUGACUGCUCUACGAGUGCUGAUUAUCUAGUUCAAAUCUAAACUAGAAAAUUAGCACUCGUAUAGUGCAGUCACUAUACAAGCACUGUAAGUGCUAAAUUGACACUUCAUUUUUUACAGUGUACAGCAAAGGUUAAAACCCCGAUUAAAACUCUAUUUAAAAUAUUUUAAAAUAAGUAUAACUUACGCUUUUGAUGACAACCAAGCGAGAUAAUAUUUUGUCGAUUAAUUCAGGACUUUUAUGUUGUUUUCCAUCAUCUGUGGAUCAAUCGAAACACUGAAAUGGAGUUAUAAUGAGAUUUCACAGAUAAUGCUUUAAA